GCGGGAGGCGGGGCCGCUCGCGGCUUGUCUGAGGGGGGAGUUAAGAAGAAGAAAAAAGGAGGAGGAGGAGGCGACCGGAUCGUCCGCGGUGGCUUCGGCGGCGGUGGGUCGGCGUUUUCCCGCUUCGGCCAUGAGCGUCGCCGCGCUGGUUUCUCCCGCGCUCCCGCCGGGGCCUCCGGCUUCUGCCGCCGCCGUGCUGCCCGCCGGGACGGGCCCCGCCGCCGCCGCUGCUAUCGCCGCCGCUGCAGCUGCCGCCGCCGCAGCCGCCGAGAGCUUUGAGGAUGAGGAGCUGGACAGCCCCGCCGACGAGGAGGACGGGGAGCGCAGCGGCCGCGCGCGGGAUUCAGACGAGGGUGAGCCGCCUGCUUGCCUGCCUGCCUGCCCGCCCCCCGACCCGCCUCCACCCGCCUUCGCGGAGGCCUCGAGGCGCCGCCGAGCAGCUUUUCCCGGGAGUAACCCGCCGCCCGUUUCUGCUGGGGGCUGAUUCCCGAGCCGGCGGGGGCGGGGGGUGAGGAGCGCGCAAGAGUUGAGUCUUGCUCGCGAGUAGGCCCGUUGGAAUUCAUGCGCGUGGUUCACGGGGGCCCGUGGAGCUCGGCGCUCUGCUCAUCAGGCAGACUCUGCGCUGGUUGCGAGGGGACCACCUCACGGCGGCCCCGAUCCGUUCUUCUCGGGAGGGAAACUAACUGUCGGGGACUUCCGAGUCACGAAGCACGUGGGUAUUGUAGCCACCCGUCCAGUCUUACCUACGAGUAGACCCCAUCGAAGUUUACGAGCCCAGAGGCUGACUGACUGACACCUGGUCAUUGUAUGGACAACUGUUCAAAUAUUAUUGCCUGAGUUAGAUCCCCCGCCUUCCCUCCCUGUCGCUUUCCCCUGGUGUGCCUUUAAAAAAGGAAAGAUCGUAAGCCUUCAGGCAGGGACUGUUUUGCUUUAGUUCAUUGUUUCCCAGACUCAAAAUAAUUCCAUGCCCUUUUUGAGGAUUUAGUCUUACCGGAGUGCCCCCUUCUUGGGUGAAGACAAUUUGGAGGUAGUUUUAAUACUGUUUUAUUUAGGCUAGAGCAAAUGCAAUAUAUGGUAUUAAUUUAUUAAUAUAUAGCAAAAACUAUGCAUGCACACUACAAAGAAAAAAUUUCAAAAAUCUUAAAAUAAUGGUAGUAAUAAUUGUAUUUUCCAACCCCGCCCCUUUUUUAGCCAGCGAUCCGUAUGGAAGGGUUUAGCUAAAUCAAAAGAGAAAUUUUGUUAAUUAAAACACUUCAGGAUUCAUCGCCCAUUGGUAUAAUUGUUGUGUAAAAUGUAUGCUGUGGAUGUGACUUCAGUUGCAGGUGGCUAACUUGUGAGUAAAUGUACACAUUUGCAGAGCAAUCCUUUUAAUAUAUAGUCAUUUGCAACAGAACAUUCAAUUUACAACAACAGUGUCAUUCUUUACAUAGGUGGAAGUAAUGAAGAAAGAAAAAAGUAAGUUUUAGGGUGCAUCUAGUUUGUCUGGGACUUCAAAGGAGCGUGUGGGGAAAGGGAGAACCUCAUACAAAAAAUGGAGAAAAUCACUUUGUCACUUUUGUUAACAAAUUGAGUACUGUAGAAGGAUACCAAAUCCACAUGUCUUUCUCCUCUCCUGGGUCAAUUUUUCUUCCAAGGCUAGUUGCCAAACUAUUGUACCAAGUUUUAAAGGAGGGAUGUUCUGCUCUUCACACAGCACUCUUAUUAUGGUGCUCAGUGGGGUUUAAUGCUGGUCACAGGAAGUAUUCAUAUUAGCUUCUGAGUAAACACACAUAGGAUUUCCUGUUACUUAUCUAGAAAUGUAUGUGAGAAAGCAUGUUGCAAGUCCAGAACCCAGUUAAGUGUGGUACUUCUCCCACUGCUUUUCAUUUUACCUAUUUAUUUCACAAAAUGCAUACACUGCUCGCUUGAUUGUAAAAAAACAACAACCUCAGAGCAGUUUACAGAAAACAGCAAAAUCAAGAAAAAUGUACAACCAUGCUUUAAAGCAUGCAAAAGUUAAAACACUAAAACAGAUUAACAUUGUUUAUUGAUCUGUUUUUAUCAAUUGCCUGGUCUGUGUUGAGCAACAGGCGUUUUAUAUAAACUUACAGCCCAACUUAAAAUGUUAACUUCUGGAAUUUUACUGUGAGAGCAUGGAUAGUUUAAAAAAGAAGGCUCUGAAGAAUGGCAGUCAGAUGUCAGAAAAGAAAACAUCUCAUGACCAAUCUGUAGCGUAUGUUUACUUGGCAGUAAAAGUAUUUGUUUCUAUAGGAUUUUCUUUCAAAGAAGUUAGUUUAGGGUUGCAGCUUUUUUCUUCUCCUCCUAACUUGAAGAGGGUAAUGUUUACUCUGCUUCAGUGAAUUUCUUCAUAUGCAUAAUUACUUUGCCGUAAGUCAGAAGGGCUGUGGUUCCAUGGCAGAACUCAGGCUUUGUAUGCAAAAGUUGUCAAGUUCACUUCUCAACAUCUUGAGUUUGUGGAGAUUUUCUGCCAAUCUGUGUAGGGCAGGUUAUAGUGAAUUAAGACAAACCAAUGGUCAGCCCCUGGAUAAGGCAGCCUCCUACAUUCUAUUGUCAUGUUUAAUUUGAUACAUUUGCACCCUGCCUUGCAGUGAUGCUUGAGGAGGCUUUUAUUAAGAGGAACGUGCCUGUUCCUCUUAAAGGUCUUGGAUGUGCCAGUAGUAAUUUUUCCAGUAAUUACCAAAAGCAAUGGAGGCACUGAACAGAGGCCUGUGGGGAGGCAGGAGAAGGGGAGGGGGGCACUGUGUUAAAGCCAGUGGGAUACUGGAGAACUGUGUUGAGAUCAGAGAGUUUGCAUGGAAUGAAUAUUGGAAGGAAAUUGACAGACACAGCUGCUAAGAAUCUUGUUAUGCUGUCUGGUGGGAACUGUGGUACAUAAUCACGUUCCUGCCUUUAUAGCAUAGAGGUCUGGAUAACACAACAAUAAGAAAUGGCACAGUUGUUUUGAAUGAGCUUGCUCUCUUGUGCGUUUAGUUUUUUUAAGUGUACAGUUCUUUUUUGUACCUCAGUGGUGUUUGUUUCUGCUGCUGAGUGGGGAAUGCUUGAACAAAAAAACGUACUGAUUGGCACUGCUCUGACACUCGCUGAUGUUCCUGUUUCCUUAGAUACCGAAGAUGCAAGUGAAACUGAUCUGGCCAAGCACAAUGAGGAGGAUUAUGUAGAAAUGAAGGAGCAGUAAGUAUUCUCCAGGUUACAGAUAUAUUUUGAUGCCUCUUUCGUAUGAGUAAUAUCCCAGCUCAAAGGGAGGGAGUUUUGAACGUAUGUUGGUGGGGCAAAAGUGCAAAAGUAUUAAGACAAAAAGAUUGAAAUUCACAUCACAUUUCCCUAAAUCAAAGAGCUGUUUGCAGCAGUUGUUGUUAUUUUUCCUUAUAGCCCACCCUUCACCAAAUGGUGCCAGGGUGGGUUAGAAAAAGGUCACAAUUAAAAUAAUAACAUAAAACCUAAUGUCAGAAUAACGGAAAUCAGCAGCACAGAAGAGGCCUGAGUUAAAAGAAUUCGUACCUUGAGCUUAGAAAAAUUCUUCCCUUGAUAGUCCUGUACGUCUUACUUCCAUCUAAUGCAGGCUUCCCCCUAACCUGGCCCCUCCCUGCUGGCUGUUUUGGACCACAGCUUCCAUCAUCUCUGACCCUUGUCCAUGCCUCAUGGGAGUAGUGGUCCAAAACAGCUGCAGGGCACCAGGGUAGGGAAGACUGGUUUAGUGUUUCGAGAGCAGACCUCAAACUCAUGGGCCUCCUGCCCCACCACCUCCGGUGCAGUUGCAAGGAGAUGAGAAGCUUCUGUUUUUGAACAACCACAGUUUACCAUGUGGUCCAAACCUGAAUCAAUUGUUAAUCUCAACAACUCUUACUGAAAGCAAACUGACUUCACACUGGUUCUGCAUUGCAUAUGAACAAAGUUUAACGUUUCUGCUGAACUUUAAGUAUAUCAGUGGGACUUUGUUUGGACAAUGUAUGUGCCUUCUAGAUAUGUAAUGGCUUUACGCUCCUGACUCUUUAUUUUCUUAAGUGCUGGGUUAGUUGAUGCUUCUUAAUUUCUGCCUUUCAUAACAUUAUCUUUUCUGCAGUUAGACGUCUUGUGACAUUUUGCCUGGACAAUACCCUCUGGAAUAAAGAUUAGAUGCUGUUGUGGCCCAAGCAACUAAAUUUUAUUAUCUGGCCCUCUGUGAUCAAAUGCCUUUGAGGUAGAAAGUUCUGCAGUUUGGGCUAGGAAAGGUAGAAGAGGAGGAUGAUACUUUCAUGUAUCAAGAUCUUGGUGUUCUUCUUUUUUUAAAAAAAAUAGCAAACUUUUAUUGCUCCUUCACUUCAGCUCUACUUGAACAAUAUAAUAGAAAUUUAGCAAUGGAAAGAAUCAAUUGAAUAGGAAAGUAAAACCAGCACUUUUUGUUCACUGGGGUUCCUUCAUUAUAAUAUGUAUUCUCUUUGCAGGAUGUAUCAGGAUAAAUUGGCAUCUCUUAAGAGGCAGCUGCAGCAACUGCAAGAAGGUAUGGUUUAAAAAGCAUGACAUGACAUUUAUUCACGAGAACAGCAGGCUUUACAUUUAAUACCCAGAUCAAAUAAAAACAUAACAUCAAAAGAGCCCUGAGAAUUAGGCCAAUAGCCCAUUUAGUCCAGCAUCCUGUUUCCACAGUGGCCAACCGUAUGCCUGCGGGGAAACCAGCAACAAGAGCACUCUCCCCUUCUACAGUUUCUGGCAACUGGUAUUCAGAGGCACUACUGUCUCCGACUAUGGAGGAUAAAAUGUUUUGGAGUUCUCUUAAAUCAGACUUUCUGGUGCAUUCGGAAUAUAGAAAGAUGCCUUAUGCCAGAUCUCUACGUAUGCCCAUCCAGCCCAGAUUUGUCUGCUACCUGCUGCCUAAUCAUUUCAUUGGAGAUGGCAAGGAUUGAACCCGAAAUCUUCUACAUGCAAAGCAUGUGCUCUGUCAUUGAGUUAGGGUCUCCUGUCAUUUUCAUGCAGUGCAAUUGGGGAAUCUUCCCUGAUUUGGCAUAGUGCUGAAUCUUUCCGGACCAGUGUUGUGAUGGUUCUCAUUUUGAGAUUUCAGUACUUGCAUGCAGGCAUCACAACUUUUCAUGUUUUUCAAGUAACGAAAAAUAAAUAAAUCAAAAAAUCCACUCUUAAUAUAUUGCUGGUUGGAUUAUCUGAAAAACAGAACCUGGAAUGUAUUGAGUGUUGCCUUAAUAGUGUAGCAUUAUUAUUACUACUACUACUACUAUUACUUUAUUGAAUUUUGCUUUAAUAGUGUGUUAUUAAUCUUAUUUAUUAAAUUUGUAUACUGUCUUUCAUGUGAAGAUUCCAGGGCAGUUCACAACAACAACAAAAUUUAAAAUGAGAAUAAAAAAUACAUAAUAAAACAUAAAGAAGACCAAGUCAGUAACCCCUUCUCUCACAAACAUAUUUAAAAAGCCUUCAAAUGUUAAUUAGCUGAAUAGCUGGCUGAAGAAAAACAUCUUCACCUGGCACCUAAAGAUAUGUAAUGAAGGUGUCAGGCAAGCAUCACCUGGGGAGAACAAUCCACAAAUGGGCAUUACACAUACCCUGACCUUUUAAAUGUAUCACUUUACCUUAAUUUGGGACAGUCAGUUGACUUUUAUUUCUACUAAGCACAAAGCAGAAUGGAGAAGUGGCUUUUCCUAAACUGGAUGUGUCCACUUCUCAUCUGUACUUCUUAGCACCAGUACUGUAUAAUUUUACUUAAAUGGACACUGGGAAUGGGGAGAUGCACCAGUGAUGUAAAUUUUGUGCCUGCUCUUCUCCUUUAAGGGCUAGAAAGUAGCCCAAACUCUUUUAUUUCAUCUGAACAAUAUGAUGUUGCUUCUUUGGCAGUGGCUUAUUACUUGUGGAAAGAAUUUUUUUUUAAGCUUGAUCUGUAAUUUUUAAGCAUCAGGUUGAGGUAGGACUGCUCAGAAUAGGUGGUGGUAAAAUUGGUGAAGGGAAUGGUCUUUUUAAAAAAAAAUGAAACUUGGAGGUAUACUGUACAAACAAAAAUCUCUUCUGCUUUGAGAUAUAAACUGCGUGAUUCAAGCUGUGUACAGACACUUUUGUGAAAUAACAGGAGCAAUGACCUCUGUCACAAAUCCUGGGCCCUAGGUCAGAUCAGGCACUGAUAGCUUGAUAGUGAGAAAAACUGUGUAGAGUCCUUUUCAACAGUAUUAUGGCACUGUCCCAUUUUGUUGCAGCGGGAGGGGUUGGCCUUUGACGUUCCGUCCAGCUCUAUCAUUCUAUAUUUUAAUCUAUUGAUUUCAGUGUGUUAAUUUUGUAUGGUUUUAAUAGGUACUUUGCAAGAAUAUCAGAAAAGGAUGAAAAAGCUGGAUCAGCAAUACAAGGAAAGGAUACGCAAUGCGGGUGAGCGAACUGCAUUUCUGGUGACUUGCUUGAGGAUAUCUGAUCUAGGCCUAGACAAGUACAUGAUAAUCAUGCUUGAAACCCUGCUCAGUGCUUUUGGGUGAUCUUACUUGUGUGUGUCGCAAUCUCAUUCUAAAAACUUUCCACAGGGUUAGCCGUGUUUGUCUAUUGCAGCAAAAACAACCGCCUGAAGCACCUUGGAGAUUAAUACAUUUAUUGUGGCAUAGGCUUUCAGUGGACUACAGGGCACUUCUCCAGACCGUUCAUUUCCAUAUGUAAAUGCUGUUCAACCAGUUCUGGAAGGUGUCAAGACCGCCUAAAUGAGGUGUUCACACUUAAAUGGACCUACAGAUGUAUCUGAAGAAAUUGGCUAUAGUCUACAGAAUUUGUGCCAUAAUUCAUUUGUUGAUCUUUACAGUGCCCCUUCUUGAGUUGAUUCUGAUCCUAGACACACAUUUUUAUAAAUAAUUUCAGGGGGAAAAAUAUUCUGAAUCUCAGAAGCCAGAACAGCAAGAAGGAUCGCUACGCACUGAAAGCAGCAAUCCCUCUUGCUGUUCUGGCUUCUGGGAUAACUGCGCAGCCUGCAUUCGCUCCAUAAGAUGCACACACAUUUCCCCUUACUUUUUAGGAGGGAAAAAGUGAGUCUUAUAGAGCAAAAAAUACAGUAAAUCUCCUUCAGUUCGAUGAGACUUCUUCCCAGCUAUAGGGUUGCAAACUUAAGUGUUGGCUAUCUAAGACAGGAAUUGUUUGGUAUACGUUGCACCAAAUGUCUAGUUACUUUGUCAGUGCAGCUACUGAUGAAGAUUAAUCUGGUGCAAGCAGAAAUACUUGCAAGGGCUGGUUUUGCAGCCUGUCUUAGCGGCCUGUAGCUUGCCGUCAUCAAAAUUUUCACUCUAGGCUAACCACUCUGAGAUCUUGCUAGAGUUAAAUGUGCUUAGUUCAGCAAAAAAAAGUAACUUAUUUUAUUUUUCUUUCAGAGCUUUUUCUCCAGCUGGAAGUAAGUGUGUGUAUAUAUGUGUGUGUGUGUGUUUCCUUUUCUGUUGGUCGGGUUUCAUUAAUGUAUUCUGUUCCCUUUUUCAGUCAUUAUGAGUAGAACUUCCUUUCCUUUGCUGUAGAAUGUUCAAACUAUUCUGCAAAUUGUGAUUGACCUCUUUCUUGCCCUGAGGAGAAGCUCAGUACUGAGGGUGCAUGAAUCCCAAGUCAUUUGAGAAUAGUUAUUUCCAUCCUUUAUUAGGUUGUGCCAUUGGUUUUGCAGCACACUUGUAAAUUGUGUUUUAAAACAGGCAGGCACCAUAUACUUGUGAAAGGGAGAAAAUUCCACUCAAGUGAGGCUGCCUGAUACUUAACAAUUAAGAGGGCCACAGGUUCCUAAAGAAGGUAGGGAGCCAUGUAUCCAACUUUACAGAUGCUGGGAUAGAUGGACCUUUGACCUUACCAAUCAGGGCUCAUACUUGCUUUCUGUAUGGUGACAAGUCAUAUGAGCAGUUUCAUUGCACAGUUUGGGAAAGCCUGUGUCAUUUGUCAGGUGUAACUUCCGACUCCGCAGCUUCUCAGUCUGGUGACCCCGAGCACAGUGGUUCCCCUAUCAGCCCCUAUGCGUACCUGAUGUGGUUCUGCCCUGUAGAUGAGUCCCUGUUUUCUUUUGGGCUUGGCGCAGACAGAGCAGGUGGAACGGAACUACAUCAAGGAGAAGAAAGCGGCCGUGAAAGAAUUUGAAGAUAAAAAAAUCGAACUCAAGGAAAACUUGAUUGCCGAGUUGGAAGAGAAGAAGAAAAUGAUAGAGAGCGAGAAGCUAACUAUGGAGCUAACAGGAGGUAAAUACAAAAUAAUAAAAUAAAGCCAGCAUCUCUCUUUGGGGCAGAGGCCAUAUAACUGUACAAUUAUAUUGUCGUAAUCUGCCUAGGGAGCUUACGGUGAAGGGCAGGUAAGAAAUCUUAUAAAUGAAUCAGUCAAUCAAUAUCUCAGCAAUGGAGCAAAUGCUUUGUAACCAGAAGUUCAGUCCCUGGUAUCUUUAGUUAAAAAAGGAUCAGGUAGCUGUUGGCAUUGUAAACCUACUUCUGCCUGGAGCUAGAGGAAAAUGCAUUAUUGGAUGAAUUAGGUGAGAGAAGGGGAAAUGCCUCUCUAAACACAGGGACAGGGACUGUGGCUCAGUGGUAGAGCAUGUUCUUUGCAUGCAGAAGUCCCCAGGUUCAAUCCCUGGCAUCUCCAGGUAGGGCUGGGAAAUGACUCCCUGUCUCAAACCCUGGACGGCCGCGGCUGCUCACAGUAGAUAUUACUGAGUUAGAUGGGCCAAUGGCCUGACUUUGUAUAAGGUAACUUCUGGUGUUCUUACAGAAGCUGCUGUCAGUGAAGAGAAGGCAUUUUAAUGAGCUAGAAGACUCUGAUUAGAAAGCAGUGACCUGUGUCCCUAAGCCUGCUUACUCAAAAGCAAAUGCCGCUCAUUUCAUUGGAAUUUUACUAACAGCAUAGGAUUACAGCUUUUACCACUGAAUCCCGAUUGCGCGUUUGCACCAUGCAUACAGUUUGUAGGUACUAUUUAGUGAGUAAAAUUAAGGAUACACUUGUAUAUUUCUCAAAUUAGGGGCAGAGUCACAGGCUGAGUCUUUGCAUGAAAGAAAGAGCCCCCCCCCAAAGGAAAAGAUUAAUGUGGAAAAGCACAGUUCUUUUUUCUCUUGCUCUGCUUUUUAAAAAUCAAUCUGUGGACCUUACGAAAAAAACUGUCCUUCUUUCUUCAGACUCCAUGGAAGUGAAGCCCAUCAUGACAAGGAAAUUGCGGAGGCGGCCAAACGACCCCGUUCCCAUCCCUGACAAAAGGCGGAAGCCAGCCCCUGAUAUCCUUUGACCAGCUACCUGAUCCGCCACAGCCCAUGAUCCAGCUUUUGCUGUAGGUGCACAAGCUUUCCUUGAAAAGAGAGCUUAUCGGUUGGCAAAUCUUCCCCUGCGAUGUGCGGCUGCACAGCGUAUUGGCUGACAAUCAGCAAGGCCCAAUGCGCCUGGCCAUUGCACCAUAGCUCUUUAUGCUGGAGAUCCCAAGUUCAGCCUCUGACAUGUCUAGUUAAUGAGCAUUAAGUAGCAGGUGAUGGGGGAAAGAUGCUCUGUCUGAAAUUAUGGAGAGCUGAUGCCAGUCGGAGCAGGCAACGCUAGGCUUGGAGGACAUUAGCUUGGCCCACUGUAAGACAGCUUCCUAUGUUCCUCUCCAAAUGGGUGGGCAGAAGGUAGAUUGGGUAUCAGUGGCUGCUAUGCUCUGCCUCCGCAGUCGGAGGCAGUGAACUUCUGAAGGCCGGUUGGUGGAAGCCAUAGGAGGGGAGAGUGCUCUUGUGAUCAGUUUCUCCCAAUAGUCUUUCCAUGAAAGCAUCUAGGUGGCAACUCAGUCCUCCUUUAGUGGUGGAGGUUAUCCCGGGGCACCGUUGCUCCUCCCUUUUGUUUCAGAGCAGGGCCUUUGCUUGGUUCUGUUCACUGGGACAAGUCCCUUCCACACCUGCUUGGCUCAGUCCAGCUUCAAGGUGAAGGGGCUUUCCUGGGGUUCUGCCCCUGGGAACCGUUCCAUAUAGUGCUAGCUUCCAGAGUCGGCCUUUGCCUGCUUAAUAGUUCGCCUGCCAUGGCAAGUGAAGCUUCUGUCUGCAAUAUGCCCUGCAAAGGAGAGACCCAGAAGUAGCCACAAAGAGGGGUGUCGCUCCUGGGCUAAAUUCUGCCCAGGAGAUUCAAGCCGCAUUUUUGUACAUGGUUCCAAAGUUACUUCCCCCUUAAUUUGGAUUACCUCAGCUAAAUUACUUGCUAACAGACGAACAGAUAAUGGAGGAUCUGAGGAUUCUCAAUAAGGUAAGUGCUUAGUGUAGAUUGGGUGUGAUUAACCUUUAUUCAUUUAUUCAGACAAACCCCUCCUUUUUCUCCAUGGCACUCAAGAUGGCUUACAUGGUUCUCCCCCUCUUUAAUCCCAACAAAAACCCUGGGAGGGAGGUUGGGCUGAGAGAGAGUGAUUGGCCUAUUGUCACCCAAUGAGCUUCAUGGCUGAGUGGGGAUUUGAACCCUGUUGCCCCAGGUCCUAGCCUGACACUUAACCAUUGCUCCACACUGGCUCUCAGGGCCACAUUCCUUUCUGGGCAAACUUUGGGGGUGGGAGGUGGUGGCAUAUUCCAGUGGUGGGCGUGGUCAGAGGCAAAAGUGGGCGGAGCAAUGAAUGUAAAUUUUGGAACAGUACAGUAGACUAGUUUCUAUGCAAGCUCACAUGCCCCUCUCCACCCUCCAUCCUGACAAGCAAGAAGCAUAAUCUCAGUUGAAGGACGUGUACUAGUCAGGUAAAACACUUGAGAAGGCUGCAAAGCAAGGACAGAGAGGGUUGUGGCCUCAGCCUGAGUCCCAAGAGUUGCUAAAGAGAAUGUCCAAGGUGAAUGGACAUUAUCUCUUGAUUGUCAGAAGAGCAGGCCAGUAUCCCCUGUCGUAUCUCGACAUCAGUGCUGCCGAACACUGCUCACAGCUCUUGGUUUUUCUCGGUUCCCAAGAAAAAAUGGGUACCAGAGAGCCCCCUAAGACCUAAAAUGUAGAAGGAGCCAGAAAUUCUGGGCAGAGACUUUAAAGGCAAUUGUAGAAGCCAGUAGACAGGAGGCUUUCUGGCUACAGUCAGCCUGCCCCAAACCCUGUCCUUAGGGGUAGAGAGUCGCUGUAGCUUAGACUGAGCAUGACUGGCUGGUGGAUUAGUGAGGCAUAUUACCAGAGGUAGAACAUUUUAAAAAAAUUAAAUGCACUACUGAAUUAAUAUUAGAAUAUUAAUAAUAUACAGUGGUACCUCUGCUUACGUAUCCCUCUGGUUAUGAAAACUUCGGGAUGCGUAAGCAGCAAACCUGGAAGCAUUUUUCCGGGGUUUUGCCACAUGCGCAGAAGCGCUCUACUGCUGAAGUGGUCUCUCCAGUUGUGAAAACCUCAGGAUCCAGCUGGACCUCCGGAACGGAUCCCAUACGCAACCGGAGGUACCACUGUACUGAUAUUAAUUCUGUACUACAUUCAUUUUUAAAAAUGUUCUGUGUUAGUGAAAACUGUGCUGAUAUUUUGUGAGAGGGUGGCAUAAAAAUCAUUUUAAUAAAUAAAUGUAUCCAAAGAUUUGCAGCCCAAAAUGAAAUAACACUAGUCAUGAUGCCAAUCAGAAUAGAUUAUUAGUUUACUUGAAUUGCUUCCCAUGAGGCAUUCUGAAGUGAUUUACAACCUAAUACAAAAAUCUGCAAAAGUUACAAACAUGAGUUGCACAUCUAAAAACAUUAUUUUUAAAAAGCAAGUGUGUGUAUGUGCUACAUGAGCCAACAGUGUGACGCGGCAGCUAAAAAAGUCAAUGCAAUUCUGGGCUGCAUCAAUAGGAGUAUAGCAUCUAGAUCAAGGGAAGUAAUAGUGCCACUGUAUUCUGCUCUGGUCAGACCACACCUGGAGUACUGUGUCCGGUUCUGGGCACCACAGUUCAAGAAGGACACUGACAAACUGGAACGUGUCUAGAGGAGGGCAACCAAAAUGGUCAAAGGCCUGGAAACGAUGCCUUAUGAGGAACGGCUAAGGGAGCUGGGCAUGUUUAGCCUGGAGAAGAGGAGGUUAAGGGGUGAUAUGAUAGCCAUGUUCAAAUAUAUAAAAGGAUGUCACAUAGAGGAGGGAGAAAGGUUGUCUUCUGCUGCUCCAGAGAAGCGGACACGGAGCAAUGGAUCCAAACUACAUGAAAGAAGAUUCCACCUAAACAUUAGGAAGAACUUCCUGACAGUAAGAGCUGUUCGACAGUGGAAUUUGCUGCCAAGGAGUGUGGUGGAGUCUCCUUCUUUGGAGGUCUUUAAGCAGAGGCUUGACAACCAUAUGUCAGGAGUGCUCUGAUGGUGUUUCCUGCUUGGCAGGGGGUUGGACUCGAUGGCCCUUGUGGUCUCUUCCAACUCUAUGAUUCUAUGAUUCUACAGGCAACUCCCCAUUUACACACGUUCAAUGUGCACCCGUAUCCCCAUGAACCCGGAAGUGGCAAAAACAGCCCUAAAAGAGUGCAAAAAUGGUGCAAUAACAGCGUCUAGCAGUCCCAAUAGCCCUUGCAAGUGCAAUCCCAGGAGCCCUUGCACUGAUCUUUGAGUCCUGUGGAGAUUUGGAGUUUGGGCAAGGAGGUUUGGAGACAAUGAUUGUCGUGUUUGAUUUUUUAAUGGUGUUCCCAAUAUAUGCGAUUUCUCUUGAAUGAGCGGUGCCUCAGAACAUAACCCCCGCAUAAAUGGGGAGUUGCCUGUAUAUAUAUAGCAUCAUUUCAACCUAAUUCAGAUUAAUUACUAUUAAUGAUUUUUAAGUUUCCUUGAAAAUGACCAUCUUAAGACCGUGUACAAUAAGAAUAAUUAAAAGCUGUUAAACACACAAAGACAACAAAUACAUUUAAAGCAGAACCAAAACCAUGCAAAGCAGACAUUCAUGGUAAAGCAUCAUUUAUCUAGAUGGGGAAACCUGUUGGAACAAAAACGUCUUCAGCUGUUCUCUGCUCCACAGAGUGGAGGCAGCCACACUAAAAGCCUGCUGUGGGUUAUUGCGGAGUGGGCAUCUGAGGUCUUUGGAACUUGCCAGCUGGGAAUAAAGAUCCCCAUUCAGAAGACAUGUUGGCCUUCAUGAAAUGUUCUGUUAAGUCAGUUAUUUCUCUUCCGAUUUAUGUUCUUGUAGGGAAUCACUAAAACAGCUUUCUUGUUUUUCCUUUUUAUAGCUUAAAUCACCUAAACGGCCAGGUAAGUGGCAUCCCCACCCCAAUAAGGUUUCCUAGUGUGUUCAAAAAAUGGCUUAGGAGAUAGGAAGGUGUGUAACUGAGUGGUGGAGCCCCUGCCUUUCGGGCAGAAGGUCUCAAGCUCAACCUGCGGCAUCUGUGGCUAAAAGGAUGCUGAGCAGUAAGGGAUGGUGGAAGUACUUCUGCUUGAGACCCAGAAGAGCUUUUGCUGGUCAGAGAAAGUAAAACUGGGCUGGAUGAUCAAAUAACCUGACCUGAUCUAAAGUAGCCUUCUGCAUUGUUAUUGUAGACGGCUUUAUGCUAGAAUAUACUGUAUAGGGUUAUAAUUUUAAUGGGUCCAGAUUUGAGUAUAGAUAAUGACCUUUGAAAAGCUGAGAAGUAGCAGAAUGCUUGGAUGAGUGUUGCUUUCAGAAAAACUUUCUCUUGCUGUUUUGACUGGAACUCUGGCAUCUCCCAGUCCUAACAGGUCCCCCAAAAUUCCCAGCUAUGCAGAGGGGAAAAACAGAAACUCAAAACUGGGAAGGAGCCAGAGUUCAGUGUAGCCAUUCCUAACUGUGUCUUGCAGACAUUUUGGACUGCGACCCUCAUUGACUUCAGCCAACAUAGCCUGAUGGUUAGAGACAAUGGGCCGUCCAGAAAAUACCUGGUGGGCCCUGGGCUCCCUGCCCCCGCUCUAAACCUUGCGCUAUGCUGGAUCCCUAGAAUUUGUAGGGUUUGUAGGGUUCUGCAUUUGUAGGGUUCUGAGAACCCUGGGGAGCAGCUCUUAAUCUAAGUAGAUAAUACAGGGCAUGGGCAGUCAGAUGCUGUUGGAGUCACAGCUCACAUCAGCCCCAGUCAGUGUUCAGGGUUGAUGGAAGAUGAAUUUCACCAACAUCUGGAGGAGCACCAAAACAGCUCAGCCAACCUGGUGCUCUUCAGAUGUUUGGGAAUGUUAACUCCCAUGAGCUUCAGCUAGCACAGCUGUUCUGGCUGGGGCUGAUGGGAGUUGUAGCCCAAAAACAUCUGGAGGGUGCCCGGUUGUCAAAGGCUGAGCUAGAUUGCCCAGUGGUUUGACUCUCUGCAAGGUAGACCUGCACAAGGCAAACCAGAUCUCUGCCUGUGUGCUCUGCUCACAAAGCUUAAUACUUUUACCUCCCACUGUCGGCUUAAGGUCCCCGCAAUCUCUCAGUGUUGCCUGAAUUGUAAGCUGCUACGUAGGGGUUAGACUGUGUAUAGAGUUCACUCUUCUAUUCCAGCGUCUCCUUCGUCACCAGAACACCUGCCGGCCACGCCUGCCGAAUCCCCAGCACAGCGGUUUGAGGCAAGGAUAGAAGAUGGCAAAUUGUACUACGAUAAAAGAUGGUAAGGCUCGGUGUGGGGAGGUGGGGUAUGUUCUGAUGUCAUGGCCUUCUGAGCUUUAGAAAUGGUCAGGAUCAAAGGAUAGAAAGGGCCAAAGAAGGAGCAAUUUCAUGGAGGAACAUCCAGGAGCCCUACCCCUUCUACGUACAGUGUUGGAAGGGUUGUAUCACAGUGGUCAGAGCAUAUGUUGUGGCUUCAGAAGGUCCCAGGUCCAGUCUCCAACAUCUCCAAGUGGGAUGGGAGAGUCUCCUGUCCAAAACCCUGGAGAACCACUGGCUUGACUUGGUGUAAGCCAGGCAUAGGCAAACUCGGCCCUCCAGAUGUUUUGGGACUACAACUCCCAUCAUCCCUAGCCUACAGGACCAGUGGUCAGGAGUGAUGCCUAUGCCUGGUGUAAGUCAACUGCCUAGGUUUCUUUCAGGGCGAAGUGGAAAAUGGCCUCUCAGAAAUUCUCCAUCCUAUUUGCGCGUGGUGAAAUUUGGAGGGGAAAGGAGUGGAAUUCUUCAAUAGUUUUGAGGUGCCCCCCAAAAAAGAGAGUUCUCACCUGAGAAAAAAUUGACUUUGCUAACAUGGAAUUAAGCUCAGUUGUUGGUUCAUACUCAAUGCAGUGUUGACUGGGGCCCCUUGAGACUCGUAGGCUGGAAGGCAGGGAGACCAACAGUAGGUGGCGCCAGAGUCAAUAAUAGGGCAGAGCUGACUAAUUCUGGUUUUCUUCCCAUCCUCCUUGCUCAGUUCUACAAGGGUUCACUUCCACAAUAUUAAAACUAAAUAUUAUUAAGGCAGGAUGAACAACUGAGCUACUUCAUUCAUAGUCUGAAGAGGUCGGGGUGGGGCAUAUAAUUGAAUAUGAUUUUUUUGGUGGGGGUGGGAAUUCUCCCAGCACUUGUAAAGAAUUAUCAGGAAAUGCUUUUCCAGAUAAUGGUUGGCCUAGCCCUAAGACAUGUAAAGGCUUUAAACUUCUACCAGGGGGUACUGCACUCCUCUGCAUCUCUCAUCUUACUCCCCCUUUCCCUCUCACCUGCUUCCAACAAGCAGGAUUUUUUUCUUUUUCUGUUUUUUUCUGGCCACAGUGCUUAAUAACCAGAAGGUGUAGGGUAGAUCUGAUUCUUUGCAUUACCCAAUCAGUGACUGGAGUGCAUUGCAGUCUUAUGUGCCUUUAGUCAGGCCAUCAAAGGCCAUGAAACCUUUCCAACAAGGGUAGGGAACCUUUCUGCAGCCCAAGGGCCACAUUCACAUCUGGACAGCCUCCCGAGGGCAACACGCAGAAGUUGGGGCCAGAGGCAAAAAUGGACUGAGCGAUUAAUGUAAAUUUUAUCUCUGUACAGUAGGCUAGUUUCUAUACUUGCACACCCCUCUUUAUCCUCCAUUCAGACAGGAGUAAUCAUAUUCUGCUGUUCCUCCAGCGGCACCAAUGCUUCUCUGAAUACCAGUUGCUGGAAACCGCAAGAGAGGAGAGUGUUUUUGUGCUUGAGUCCUGCUCAUGCGUUUCUCACAGACAUAGUCGGCCACUGUGAGAAUAGGAUGCUGGUCUAGGUAGGCCACCAGCCUGUUCCAGUAGCCAGGCUAUUCCUGUGUUCUUAUAGGCAGCUCAGUGGUAGAACACAUGGCAGCCAUAUCCUCAUAGCAUAGCAAUCAGCAGCUUCUAACCCUGAGGGUUAUGUUCUUCCACUUUUAGAGGCAGUAAUGUGUCUGAAUACCAGGUGUUGGAAAUUGCCAGAGGGGAGAAUCGCUCUUGCACUCGGAUCCUGUUUGUGGGCUUCCCAUAGGGGCAAGUUGUCGUGAGAGCAGUAUUCUGGACUAUAUUGGCCAUUGGCCUGAUCCAGCAGGCUCUCAUGUUCUUUAAAAAAAAAUCCCCUUACAAUUCAUAAUAAUAUCUAACAAUAAAAUGCAAAAGCGUAAUCCCAAUAACAUCCAACAAUAACAUACCUCUGUAGUUGAAUCCUGGCCCCAACGAAAGCUCCACUCUGGUAGUCUCUAGGCCCAGGCAUAGACAAACUCGGCCCUCCAGAUGUUUUGGGACUACACUUCCCAUCAUCCGUGACCACGUCCUGCUAGCUAAGGGUGAUGGGAUUUGUAGUCCCAAAACAUCUGGAGGGCCGAGUUUGCCUUUGUCUGCUCUAGGCAGCCUGCUUUUCCAGAUUUGCAGUAAGGUGGUCCCUGUCGCUUUGAACAAUAGCAGCAGCUGUUGUAGCUGGAGUUGGUUGGGGCCCUGCCCUUCCAGGUUUGGUGGAAACAGGUCAGCCAAGCAGGUCUCACAGGGACUCGCAGCAAGAGGCACUUGUUGCAAUUCCAGGAUGUGUUCAAACCAGGUGAAAACAGCCAGGCUGUGAAACAGGGCCAGCGAGGGGUGUAGCUUGGCCAAGAGUUCAAGGGAUAAAUGGGGGAGGGGGGCUGCAAUCAGACUCAAGCUUUCAUGCUUACUGAACAGCACUUCAAGUGCCACUUAACUCCAAAAGUAACAGCACUGCCAACUGAACACGUAAGACAGGUUGCAAUGAGAGUUUGUACAUUGCCAAAUCUGGUCUUGCCCCAGUGAUGGCAGGCACCCCGAUUCCACCCUCCCAGGAAGCUGUCAACAAAGGGGGGGGACACGACAUUGGCCAUUUUUGGGGUUUCUAACAUGCUGCCCUCCAGAUGUUACUAUCGUUUAUUCUUUAAUUGUCCUAAAAGAAUCUUCUCCGGGAGAUUUACAUAUAAGAUAGCUUGGAAACAGCAAAAGCAAGGAUAAAACUGAGUAGACUCCCUGGUAAAAGGCCCAUUUAUCCAGCUGGGAAAAGCCCUUCAGUUGCUUCUGCAAAAUGCAGGCAGUGGGCAGCCACAUAGGAAGCCCGGCUCCUGAGUUAGUGCAGAGUUAUUAAGACUCCAGCUCCCAUCAUUCCUGGCCAUUGGCCUGUGCUGGCUGGGGCUGAUGGGAGUCUUGCAGCGUCUGGAAUCAUCACAUUGGAAGGCAUCUAAAAUGAUCACCAAUCCACUAACACAGGGCUGGCCAACUCCCGAGAGACUGCGAUCUACUUUCAAAAUUAAAAUCUGGCAGUGAUCUACCCCCGUUUUUUAGGGGUUCAGGUCAAAGUUACAACAGAAGUUCUGGAACACUACAUUUCCCCCAAAAAAAUCUUUAUUGAAACUUAACAUAUACAGUGGUACCUCAGGUUACAUACGCUUCAGGUUACAGACUCCGCUAACCCAGAAAUAGUGCUUCAGGUUAAGAACAGUUUCAGGUUAAGUACAGACCUCCGGAACGAAUUAAGUACUUAACCCGAGGUACCACUGUAUAGAUAAUAACCAAAAUUCCCAAUGAUUCCCUCACAUAAAAUAUAAUAUCUAAAGUACAACAGCUGCGUAAUUAUACUCUUAAUUAUAAAACCCACCAGCCACCCUCUACUUCCCUCCACAGCAAUUCAACUUCUUUAUAUUUCUUUCUACCUCUUUUUCCUUGCAUUCUAUAAUAAAUUAUUUUUUGUUAAAUUCUGAUUUUUCCUUCUUUCUUUAUUGGUUUUGUUAUUGCUUACAUUUUUUAUUCUAAGCCUAUUAGCACGUCAUUUUUAGAACAAUAUUUUGACAUAUAAUCUUCGAAAUACUUCCACUCCAUUCUUAACUUUUUAACACCAACAAAGGGAGAGUGGAUUUGUAAAUUAAGUGAGUGUAUAAACUUGGAACACUACAUUUUUUAUUCUCAUUCUCAGAAGCGUUUUUGCCACAAGGUGGCAGAAUGAGAUCAGAAAUUAUUUUCCAUGAGAGGAGGCUGGGGGGGAAUGGUUUGCUUGUUUUUAGCAGGAAUGUGCCUUUUAGAGACCACCCCUUUAUGUAAGAAUUCAGAUUGGUCUGCAGAAUAUAGCAGGGCUCCCAAAUAUAGCAGCAGCUCCCAAAUAUUUCAUUGAGCUCAUCCAACAAUAGACAUAGGGUGGCCUUGGGAACAUAUUACUGACUUCACCCCCUAGCUUGGAAAUGUAACCCUUCCCCCCUUCCCGACUCAUUGUUGGCCUGGUGAGUCCCUUGCAAAUCUCCAUAGAUCUGCUGUGCUAAUCCUGUUUUUUCCUAAUUCGAUCUCUUCUCUGAAAAGCGUUGUCUGUUGAAGUAAAUGCACCUCCUAAGAAUGGAGGAAGAGGAUCUGGUUUCUGAUAAUGUCCGGCUCCUGUAAAUUGCAGUGUUUUUCACACCAAGCCUUAAGACCCCUUGAUUCUUAGUCAUGGCCUAAGAAUGACAUUUUCUCUGGCCUCAAAUGACCCCCAUCACUAUUUCCACCCAAGACUCUAGGGAGCUUUGGACCUGUUUCUGGGACAGCAUCCCUCUGAGCCACACAGAAAGCCAUUUUUUAAAAACUGCAGGGAGGUUCUGAAGUGCUUUGUGGGUGCCAAGGAAGUUAGAAGGCGAGGUGAAGUAUAAAAAAACAAACCCAGAUUUAGGUGCAUCUGAAGCAGUUCUUUAGAUUUUAGCUAGCCAGUUUGUUCAAAAUAAGUCGUAUUGAAAAAGGAUAGCGCUGGGUUUGUUUAUUGGGAAUUUUUCAUUAGAGGGGAAAAAAAUACUCCUAUACAAGACUCAAAAUAUGCAGCAGGAACAAGUAAAACAUAAGAAAAGAAACUACAAAGGAAUAAUACAGAAAAAUAAAUAAAAUUGAAUCUUAAUAAUGAAGCUAUGCAUAUUGAAAUCGCAGAGCUAGAGAAAUAAUAUAUUCUGAGGCCAUCUAUUGCCAAAUCCAGAAAGAUGUCAGUAGCAAGGGGGAAAGAGAUGUAGAUGGAGGACACAUUUUGAGAUGGUUGUGGCCACUAAUGCUUAGGUAAUAAAUAAUACCAAAAGGUUUUCUCUUUUUCAGGAGGUUGAAUCCCCUCUCCGCCAGUUGUUAAAUAUAUAACAAGCAGGUGCCAAGCAGAAAGAAACAUAACUUUUGCUCUAUUUAUUUGACUCACAGCUGUUAAUUUUUCUGACAGUGCAAGUUGGGGAGGGUUUCUGCUGUUAUAUUUAAGACCUUUUAAAAAAGAAGUGACAUCAUAACUGAAGGUGCCCAAAACAGUAAGUUUUUGGGGAGGAAGGAGGGCAGUGUCUAGCUGAACAGAUCCACUAGUGCAAGGAUUUCCAUGAGUACAAUGGAACUUCUGCUCCCCUCCUCCUCUCCCUGUGCCCUCCCAAAAUUUAUUUGUUUAUUGCAUUUAUAACUCCCUUCUUCUCCAAGGAGCUCAAGGUGGUAUUCAUAGCUCUCCUGAUUUUAUCCUCACAACACCACUGUGAAGGCAGGGCUAAGUGUGAGAAAGCGACUGGCCCAAGAUCACACAGUGAGCUUCAUGGCUGAGUGGGGAUUUGAACUCUGGUUUCCCAGGUCCCAGUCCCACACGCUAACCACUACGCCACACUGGCUCGCUUUGCUCUAGAAGGUUGAGGGAACCCUAAACAGGAUUUAGGGAAGCCCAGGCAGGUGUGCAAGGGGGAGGAGGGGAGUACCUUUGCAAAGCCGAAGGUCCUUUCUCUUGUAGUGCUGUUUACCUGGAUCCCACUCUACCUAAUCUUUUGCAGUGAAAUUUAAUUAAAACCUUCAGCGUUAGCGUACUUGCCAUAUGGGCGGUUGUCUGAACUCGUCAGCUAAUUAGCGUUGAAGGGGUUUCAGUCAUCCCAGUCGCAUUCUGUACUUUCUCCCAUUCAAGACGCGGCUCCUUAAACCGAAUAGGCUCCUUGCCUGCUCUGUGCUGGAAGUCAGCCUUGAUCUCGCUCGAGGAAAGUUUUCUGUGAGAUUGCCUGCAGAAAGAAGACCCAACCCACACACCUUAUUUAAGCUGGGCGGUGAAUGGGUCCGUACAAGGGAAGAGCCGUAGCUCAGGGGUAGAGCAUCUGCUUGGCAUGCAGAAAGUCCCUGGUUCAGUCCCCGGCAUCUCCAGUUAGGGCUGGGAGGGGCAGCCUGUCUGAAAUCCUGGAAGAUAGCUGCUGCCAGUCAGUGUUGACAGCAUUGCUCUAGAUGGAGCAGUGGUCUGCCUGAGUGGAAGGCAGCUUCCUACCUACCAGGGGAAAACAUGGCAUUGUCCUCUAAGAAGCUCAGUGGUGGUGUGGGGAGCGCAUGUGGGGCAUGUUCAUGUGCUCACCAGACCCCCUGCAAGAUAGGCUUAUGGCUAAGGAAAAUGCCCGACCACCAUGGCUGAACAGGGCAUCGAAAUGUUGAGUCAAUUACUCUCUGCCCCAUUGCACUGGCUUUCCAUGCCCCCAGGAUGGUAUAUAUGUGUGUCUCAAUUUCACCUUGCUGUUCACCUUGAUUUCCUUCCGAGUGUCACUGUUGGCCCUUUUCCUUCCCCUUUCCUAGCAUUCCUAUUCCUCAAGAUCAACACUGCACUCCCCCACCCUUUGCUGUAAGAUUUCUUUUUUGGUUAUUGAUUGUAAUGAUGCCUCAGCAGGGUAGUUAAUAUUUUAAAAAUAACUUCUUGGUGUGGGAGGACAACAUUUUGAGUGCAUAUUAAAAUCUGUCAAGUGUCAAAAUGGAAUGAAACGUCAGCUUGAGAAUUGAAUUCUCCCUCUUUUCUAUAUUCCUUCUGUCCUCCUUUCUUCCUAUCCUUCCUUCCUUCCUUCCUCCUGAUGGCAAAAGAAUGACUGUUUAAAGCUAGGCAUAGGCUUCCCUAUGACCUUUUUAUUCGUAUUUGGCAGGUUUCUUCCUUGCAAAAGUGUGAAAGCAGAGCAUAUAGCCUUUACCCUUCACAGAUUUUCCUAACAUUCUUUUAAAGCCUCCAACCUAAAUGGCUUUAGAAGAGGAUUAGGCCAAUUCAUGGAGGAGAAAGCUCUAGGUGGCUACUUGCCAUGGUGGCUAUGCUCUGCCUCCGUGGUUGGAGGCAGAAAUGUUUCUGAAUAUCAGCUGCUGGAAAACGCAGGAGGGGAGAGGGCUCUUGUGCUCGGAUCCUGCGUGAGGGUUUCUUACAGGCUUCUGAUGGUCAGCCACUGUGAGAACAGGAUGGAGAACUGGAUGGGCCAUUGGCCUGAUCCAGCAAACUCUUUGUAAUUAAAAAGGUGGCUUGGUGGCUGAAAUGCAGACUGUGCAGGAACUCGGGUCCACUUUUUCACCAGCCUGUGUCCCCCCAAUUUAUAGCAAGCACGCUCUGUUUGCUCUGUGGUAACGUGGCUGCUGGAAAUCGUGCGCUAUUGUGACGUGGUUGGAGAAGAAAUAGAAUGUAAAAGUUGUCCAUCAAAUGAUGAGCGCAUAGAUGGUGUGUAGAUUUGAGUGAUGUCUUUUCUCUCCGCCUACACCUUUUCAUAACACCAGAAUCGGGGGCUAAAUGGGAUAAGUCUUUGUUUUGCACAAUUAGCAAUUGCAUCAGUGGCUUUAAAAAGCAGGUUGCAGGUGCAAGGGAUCCUAUUGGGAUAGUUGUAGCGGGACUUCAAUUCUCUCUCUCUCUCUCACACACACACACACGACACACUUUAGGCCUGGUCCAGAUUGCGGGAGAUUUUACAUUACUUUUAAAAUACCGAUUCACAUUGUUAAUCCUGUGACUGGCACCUCACCGCAUUUUGCCCUCGGACACGACAUUAAAUACAACUCUGAUGGAUUCAGCACAGAUGGUGUAAACUAUGCAGAGAGGGUCUUUUCAUUGGUUUCUGCCCCCUUCCCGCUUUGUAGAAUGCUGCCCUCAGGAAGCUCACCUGGCACCUGUGUUAAUUGCAUUUCAGCACCCAGCAAAGGAGAUCCUUUUCCCUCAGGCCUUUUAAGAAGCUUUUAAAAGAUCUUUUAAACUACUUAAUGUGUUUUUAUUAUUUUGCUCCCUAUAUAAAUUGAUGGUGGAGUGCGGGGGUGGCAGGUUCAAAUUAACUGUUUGACUGAUUUCUUUGUUGAUUAUUAGUCACCUGUUGGUUUAUUGUUUGUGGCCUAGAGGCUGCAGUGUUUGGAUCACUGAGAAAUUUAAUAAAGAUUGUUUUUCCCACAGCAUGCAAUAAACACAUGGAUUUGGUUUCUGGACAAUCCACCAUUUCUCCUUUUGAAUAUGAGGCUCUGCUGAACUCUAGUUUGGGUCCUAUAUUGAACUCCUGUAGUUUUUCUUGCAUAUAAUUUUUUAAAAAGAUAUAGCACAUACAGACUAUUGGUCUGUUAACCCCAAAUUUCCCAUUUCUCUCAUCUAGUCUGCACUUAUAAGCCCCUUUGCUAAUGACUACAUUUCAUCAGUAUUCCCUGCAGUGAAGAGUACACUGGCUGUCAUUUAACAUUAAAAAGCAGAAGCCAUAAUAAAUUUGAAGCAGGAGAAAGCAGCCGGUGUAGUCUGUGGAAUGCUGUUGUGUUCAUACAUUUGAAGAAUUCUUGAAUGCUAAACCACAGUUUAGAGAGGGGAAUGAGUCAACUGCUUUGCUCAUAGUUUGCAGACAAAGGGCAUUAUUGCAUUUGCACCACAGUACACUAUCAAAAGCUUUUUGUGUUAUGGCCAGGUUUGAGCUUUGCAGUCAUAAUAAGCUGGAGCAAAGUCUUCAACCUGUUGCAUCUGUUCUGCCCUUCAUCGGAGUUGCUAGUUGUGCCUCUGAAUGAGGCAAGCUUGCACCCAGAACACUUUUAUAAAUUAUUAGUAUUUAUUUAUUACCUGCCCUUCACCCCCAGGUUCCCAGGGUGGGCCACAACAAUUUGAAAUACAACAUUAAAAUCAAAUGACAAUCACAAAAGUGGGAGAGGCCCCUAAAAAUACGAAAUCUCAAGUGUCAAGGCAUAAAUAAUAGCUGUUAAGGUCAAAGCAAAAUGAGUGGGUGUGUGAUGAUGGGGGUAGCCAAUCUGGUGCCCCAUAAUCCCUGACCAUUGACCUUGCUGGCUGGGCAUGAUGGGAGUUUAGAGUCCAGCAACAUUUGCAAGGCACGACAUCAACUGCCCCUGGAUUAAAAUGUUCCUUUUUCGGGAGACAAAUGGCUCAUUCUCAUUUGCGGGGACAGUGGGGGACAGAGGACACCAGUUGAUUUUUGUAAGCUGGGAUCUUGGGCUGUCCCAGAGUGUCAAGUAGACUCACAGCUCUUAACUUUUACUUGCAGGUAUCACAAAAGCCAGGCUAUUUAUCUGGAGUCGAAAGAGAACACCAAAAUUAGCUGUGUGAUCAGUUCCGUGGGAGCCAAUGAGGUAAGCUCGGGUCUUCAGUGAGUUUUGCAGGCAGUUGCCAGGUUUGAAGCUCUAAGGGGUUGGCAGUCAAUGGGGCUGUGGACCAUGACACAAUAUUAUUAAUUUUCUUGCCUCUGGCUGUGUACACCUCCCCCCCCCCCAAGAAUUCUGGAAACUGUAGUUUGUUACAGGUGCUCGGAAUUGCAGCUCCAUGGGGUAAACUAUAGUUCUCAGAAUUCUUUACCGGGCGGCGGCACUGUGCUUUAAAUUAUGGUAUGCAGACAAGUGAAGUGUGCUUGUUUAUGUAGCCACCUGACUCUUUUCCAGUGGCAGGAUGAAUGCAGCUUUUGGAGCAAAAUACAGUGGUACCUCAGGUUAAGUACUUAAUUCGUUCCGGAGGUCCGUUCUUAACCUGAAACUGUUCUUAACCUGAAGCACCACUUUAGCUAAUGGGGCCUCCUGCUGCUGCUGCGCCGCCAGAGCACGAUUUCUGUUCUCAUCCUGAAGCAAAGUUCUUAACCUGAAGCACUAUUUCUGGGUUAGCGGAGUCUGUAACCUGAAGCGUAUGUAACCUGAAGCGUAUGUAACCUGAAGCGUAUGUAACCCGAGGUACCACUGUACUGAAUCUUCUGUCUAGUCAAUUGCAUGGCAGCAAUUGGUGGCAGAGCUUCGGGAAUUGGAAGUGAGAUGCAUUUAUUAAGCUGAAACUCUUCAUCUGACCAUUUUUGUUAACUCUUCCAUAUAUAUUUUUAAAGCACAAUUACUCUUCCGUAACUAGGUGAAGCUCUUUAUCUAGUUCUCCAUCCCAGUUUAUGUGCCAAGAGCUGACAACUGAUGGAUUGAAUUUAUAUCCCACACUUCUUCCCGGAAGAGCCCAGGGUGGUAGACACAUCAAUAAAACAAUUUUAAAACAUUCUGAAAACACUUUUAAAAAAACCAAUGAUUUCAGGGUUGCCGGUAGCAAUAUCUUUCAGCCAUCAAAUGUUUGGGUGCAAAUAGCAACGUUUUCACCAUUUCUGCAGAAAGUCAAUGGCAGAGGCAGAUACACUUCACCAGGGAGGGGAUUUUACUAACAUGGAGCCACCAUCAAAAAGGCCCUGGCAGAGGCCAGUGGCGGCCAGGCAUCACCUACAUGGCCUCUUAGAGACUGCUCCAAACCUUCUUGAACCCCAUAAAUGUAGCUCAUUCUUGGCUUGUGCACAUCAUCUGAUCCUCCCUUUGGAAAAAUAAUUGCCGCAUCUUCAGUUAAAGCGAGUCAGGGAGACCUUGGUGAAUGCAUUGGGAGUUUGGUCUAGACCAGGGUUUCCCAAACUUGGGUCUCCAGCUGUUGUUGAACUACAUUUCCCAUCAUCCCUGACCACUGCUCCUGCUAGCUAGGGAUGAUGGGAGUUGUAGUCCAAAAACAGCUGGAAACCGAAGUUUGGGAAACAGUGGUCUAGACCAGGGGAUUUUUUUUCAGGCCGCCUCCUCCCUUGCUUUCCUAAACUCAUCCCCAGUACCUCCUACCCUAUAAAAAGCAGUCAGAAUAGUGGUUGGCAUAACCCACUACAGAAGAUAAUAACACAAUAAAAAUCAAACCAGUAACAAUUAAUUGCACAAUUAGUCAAAAUCCAAUUAAAACUAUUGAGUUUAAUUAUUCAGCAAAGUUGAUGAACUUGAUCCCAGCUUUUCAAAAGUCUAGCAGUCAUUUAUACCUCCACCGCCCCUCUGCUGAGUUAUUUUAUUACUUACUAGAUUUCUACUCUGUACCUUCCUUCAAAGGAGAGUAGGGCAGCAUAAGAUUUGAGUUGUAGUUGCUCGGACUGUUUCUGCUUUCUCCUCUACCCAGUUGGUGGCUUGUGUCUUUGUUCUGGAGGUUGGAUUUUAUUCUCCUUGGCUUCGUUUGCCGUUGACUCCAACGCAGCCAGGUAGAAAGACCAACAGGAAAUUGUUGGGAAGCAUCCAUUUUAUGGCUGUGUUGCUCUCUAGAUGGACGGUGCCAAGCUAGAUGUUCUGAUUGACAUUUGACAGCCUCUCGUGUUCCUAUUUAAUCCAGCCCUUUAAUGAGAACCGUGAGGACUAGACUCUUACUCUCUUUUUUAGAGGAAAGGCCUUGGCUCAGUGGUAGAACCUCUGAUUUGCAUGCAGAAGAGCCCAUUUUCAAUCUCCAGCAUCCCCAGGUACGGCUAGCGAAAGAAGGAUCCCUGCCCGAAAUCUCGGAGAGAGCUGCUGCCCACCAGUGCAGACGGUCCGGAGCUAAAUGAACCAGUGGUCCAACUCUGUAUAAAACUCCCCCCUGCGUUCUUAACCAAAGACCAGUGGCCACACUUCCUGGUUCAUCCCAUAUUUCACAAAAGGGGCCAAGGAAGCAAAAUAAUCUUCAUCUGUUUACAGUGGUACCUCGGGUUAAAUACUUAAUUCGUUCCAGAGGUCCAUUCUUAACCUGAAACGGUUCUUAACCUGAAGCACCACUUUAGCUAAUGGGGCAUCCUGCUGCCGCCGCGCUGCCGGAGCACAAUUUCUGUUCUCAUCCUGAAGGAAAGUUCUUAACCUGAAGCACUAUUUCUGGGUUAGCGAAGUCUGUAACCUGAAGCGUAUGUAACCUGAAGCGUAUGUAACCCAAGGUACCACUGUAUCUCAGUUGGUAGAGCAUGAGACUCUUAACCUCAGGGUUGUGUGUUCGAGCCCCACAUUGGGCAAGAGAUUCCUGCAUUGCAGGCGGUUGGGUUAGAAUAGUCCUCACAGUCCGUUCCAACUCUGAGUCUAUGUGCCUCAGCAGCUUAUUGGCAAGGUUGCUAUUCGCACAGGUAAAGGGAAAAGACACAGCAAUUCUGUCAAAUCUCCUCUUACAUUUUUAUCUGCCUUUCUCCAUACAUGUGGGGUAGCUCACAUAGAGCGUGAGAUUCUUUUUUUAAAAAAAGUUUUUAUUGUUAAAACAAUUCAGCAUUAAUACACACAUGUUGCGAAUAUACAAGCAUACAAACAUACAUUUCAUACAAUCCUUAAAAAUGUUCAAACAUACCUACACUCAGUCCCACAAAUAAUUCCUUUUCCCAUCACCAUCCACCACCCCUCACCCCACCUUUGUGUUAGACUUCCAGUCUACUCAAUUGCAAUUUCUUUCCACUUCUAUUACUUUCUUUCACACACCUUUAACCUAAUUUCAUGCUUCUUUUUCUAUUACACAUUGUUAUCCAUCUUAUUUAGUAUUUCAGUAUUUAAAAUGGAACUUGUUUAUUCUAAUAGGAGUUCUGAUUUUUCAGUAUGGUUUUGCAAGUAUCCUUUAAACACCUUCCAAUCCUUGUCUAUCUUCUCUUUUGAGAUCCCUCCAAUUUCUCCCAUUGUUUUGGAUAUAUUGUAGUACUCCAAUAAUCUAUCACGUAGAGCGUGAGAUUCUUGAUCUUGGUGCCGUGGGUUCAAGCCUCGUAUUGGGCACAAAGAUUCCUGCAUUGCAUGGGGUUGAGCUAGAUGACCCUUGUGGCCCCUUCCAACUCCACGAAGCUGCAUAAAACCCUGCCUCGAGCAAAACAUGGGAACUGAAACAAGUGGGCAAUUAAAAGGAAAACAUUUUGUACGGCUCGCUCAGGCUCGUGAGUUAUGGCUGCUAUUCAAAGUGUCUCUUUCAAUUAAUAAUGAAACUAGUCACAAAGAUGUCAUUAUGUUCAGUGGGUGAUUAUUCAAAUGAGCGUGCAGCGUCGUACCGAGAGAUGCAUUAGAACAUAACCUUAAAUCAAAUUUAGCAAUUUCGCUCUUAUUAACAUUAACAAUAAGCAUCUUAAUGCGGUUAGGUGCCCGCAUAAUUGAAAUUAAGUCCCAACUCGCCCUGUCGCUGGAGACGUGCCCAAACUUGGGGAGAAGGAUUCUUCUGGCGCUGGCCACUUUAAGUAGGCGUGACGUAUUUCUCAAGUCAGCUUAGGGAAAAGGUGCAUUUUGUCUUUUGUAUUUAGUGUAUUUUUCAUCUUUGUUGGAAGCCGCCCAGAGUGGCUGGGGAAACCCAGCCAGAUGGGCGGGGUACAAAUAAUAAAUUAUUAUUAUUAUUAUUUAUUAUUAUUUCAGCAGGAAAUGAAAUAAUUGCUGUAAGACCGUAUGAGAGAGGCUGUAGUGCACCUGCCUUGGGUGCAGGAUGGCCCCAGGUUCCAUUCCCGACACCUCCAACAAGAAAAAGGGAAUUUGGGGAGCAUAGGAAGCUGCCUUGCACCUAGCUAGAAAAUUAGUCUGUGCAGCUUAGUGUUGCACACACUGACUGGCAGCAGCUCCCCAGAGUUUCAGACAAGGGUCUCUGCCAGCCCUAACUGUAUUACAAAGACAGGCCUCUAUUAUUAUUAUUAUUAUUAUUAUUAUUAUUAUUACUGUUGCUGCUGCUGCUGCUGCUGCUGCUACUGCUACACCCGUCCUUCACCUUAAGGUCUCAGGAUGUGUUCCAACUAAUACACAACCUUAAAAAAAGUUUAAAACAACAUACAAUCACAGAAAUAAGAUAGGUCCUAAAAAUACAUACCUCAGGUAUCAUCAGUGAAGACUCUUAUUCUGACAGGUCUCUGGGAAAUUACUGGGGUAUUUUUAAGGAGAGGGCUUUAAAUAGUGCUUUGCUUUUUUAUCUGUAUUUUAAAAGAUUUGUUUUUUAUAUUUUAUUUCUGUUAGUGUUUAAUUAGUUUUUAACAAUUACCAUUUGUAUGUUCUUAGCUUCUUGUAUUUUACCAAUGUUGUUUUAAUUUGUGUAAGCCACCUUGAAUCCCUGGGAAAAGGGUUCCCUCCUUGCUAGAAGUGAGGUUACAAGGAGCCAGGCAGAGGGCCUUCUCGGUAGUGGCGCCCGCCCUGUGGAAUGCCCUCCCAUCAGAUGUCAAGGAAAUAAACAACUACCUGUCUUUUAGAAGACAUCUGAAGGCAGCCCUGUUGAGGGAAGUUUUUAAUGUUUGAUGUUUGAUCGUGGUUUUAAUAUUCUGCUGCCCAGAGUGGCUGGGGCAUCCCAGUCAAAUGGGCAGUAUUUGAAUAAUAAAGUUAUUAUUAAUAUAAUAUAAUAAAAUAUAAUAUAAUGCUUUGCCAGGGUAAAGAGGUGCAACAUGGUUUAUUUUUCACCCAACUAUUUACUGACAUUUCUUUGUUGUUUUUAACUGAUGCUUUGCUGAUUUUUAUCCCAACCACUUGUGGUUUUUACCACCUUGAUAUAUUUUCACGGAAGCGCGGACUGUAUAAUCCAACCCAGAUGAAAACACAAAAAGUUGACUUUCCUUUUGUCCCCCCCCCCCCCAAACCUUCGCAGAUCUGGGUGAGGAAAACCAGCGACAGCACAAAAAUGCGGAUUUACCUUGGACAGCUCCAGCGCGGAGCCUUCGUCAUCCGGCGGCGGUCGGCUGCGUGACUCUCUGGCCCUGCGUUGUGUUAAAGACAAUCAGCUCUUGCAGAGACUUGUGGUUGCUCUUCCUGGGUCUGAACCAGCAGAAGGUCCACCUCCCUCCUCGAUCCUUUGGAUGCUGCCUGUUUGGCUGCCCACAUUGCUCCUGCUGUCCUCUCUCUCUCUUUUGUGAGCCCACGCCGUGUACCAGAGCCCACCCCACAGCGUUAGUUUAGCUUUCUCAUUUCCAAAGACUACUUAAAAGAAGAAUGUAUGCCUGUGGUCUCGAGUCCAUUCCAUUCUUGUAUAUCCUGCAGAAGAGCACACGCGGUGUAUCGUUUUAAAAAUUAUAUAUAUUUUUUGCAUUGAGAGGCACAAGCAGGGUAGCCUUGGGGAGACGCAAUGGGCAGCCUGCGCAUCUGAGAGGUGCUGAAUGGAGGACAGAUCCGACCGCAGUGCCUCUUAAACAGCCGACCCCGUGAACGACACUGAUCGCAGUUAGGCACUCAUGGAAAUAGGAGUUUUCCAAGGUCCUUGGGUGUCCUGAACUUCCAAUUGCUUUUACUGAAAGUGUGGUUAAGGGGAUCGCACUUGAUUGCUCCGAAGCUUGAGGGGAGGGGCGAGUGGGGCGGUAGCCAUUUGUAUAUCCCAGCAAUGAGCAAACCCAAUGUUUUCUUUGUGUUUCCUGUGGAGGGUGAAUCAAAGGAACAAUUGGACUCUGGGUGGGAGGGAGGUUCUGUGAGCAGUGUUGUGGAAACUGCUGGUGACUGUCCUACAAGCUGCUCUCUUUGUUGUUGCAGCUGCGAUGAUUCUUGGGUGGCGGCUGAUGGAGAGGGCAUGAGCCCUGUAUGGACACGUGUGUGUGUUUGUGUGUGAGUGAGUGAGAGAAAGAGAACACACAUCAGCGAGGCCCUCAAUGUAAUCUCAAGGGAUAGUAAUUCUUGGAACCAGAUGGAAUGUGCAGUGCCAAUCUUUAGAGAGUGCUGUACUGUUUUUAUGACCUGGCAGUGGUGGUGAAGUUGCUUGCAAAACACUUUUUAUCUCGAUACCUGCUGUGUGGUGUCUGCUUUUUCCCCCAGCGCUGUUGGCUGUCCCAGUCCAGCCUGUGUUGUGAAUUCUGAUUGAACCAGGCCUGAUCAACCACCUCUUUUAACCCUUGCCCGUUCUUCCGAUGCAGCAAUUGCAUGGAUCCUCAAAGCCCUCCUUUUGACACCUGCGGGGGGUCCGGGGUUUUUUUGCACUCCUUCCUUAUUCAGCCUGAGCCUGCCAUGUCUCAUUUCCCGUUUGCUGCAGCCAGAUGGCAGUCAUGCCACAGCAAUGAGGUCCGUGUUAGAAUCUCCUAAUCUGAACCCUGGAGUUGAGGGAUUGUGGUCCAGGCAGCCGGACUUUCUGACACUUCAUUUGCCUGCCUGCCCGGCUCCCAUCAUUGCCAGCAAAUAAGUGUGCAUCGGAUUCUGCACCCAGCUGUACAUCAGUCUCUCUUGCUACAAACACUCUCUUUGAGACCUCCGUUUUAUAUCUGUCCUUAUCAAAAUGGUUGCCUCUUUCACCUUUGCUUCAGAACCCAGUUCCCCUGAAUAAUUUGCUUGCGAUUGAAAUGAAGCAAGGAUGUGAAAGUGGUUGGAAAUACCUGCUACAGAGCAUUGGAAGCUGCCUUCUGCUGCGUCAGACUCAGUAUUGUCUGCACUGACUGGCAGCUGCUCUCCAGAGGCCAUUCCCAGCCGACGCUAAGGAUUGAACCUGGGACCUUUUGCAUGCAAAUUAUGUGACCUACCUCUGAGCUACAGCCCUUUCUUGACAUACUGUGUGGAGAGCAGCCAGAAGCAUGCAAGUCUAGACUUCCCAUUUUUUAUGCUGCCUUUUAAGUAACUAGUCCAUGGUGUGCUUCUUUUAGGCAGUUGUCCUACAUGCCUGAUAGCUUCUCAGGGGGAGAACCAGUUGUUGGGAGAAGGCAGGCAGGGUGGAAAAAAUGAGAAGCAGCAUCGAUAGCAGAUAAGGAGGCUCUCUUUUGGUGCCUGUAAGCGUUCUGUCUUAUUAUUCUGGGGUUGGGGGUGCCGGUGACCCUUUAGAUGUGGUUGAAUUCCCAUCAUCCCCUGCCAGGAUCACCAGCAGUCAUGUCGCAGCCAGGUAACAACUGGAAGACCACACCUGACCAUCCCUGAUCUGUCAGCAGGAGACCCCUGAUCCUGUCAGGGCUGGUUCACAGGUGGCCUUGGGAACUUGACCCUAAGAAACAAAAGCAAAUGUGCUUGCCGCACAUCUGGGCUGUGCUCUCUUGCUUUUUCUCAAAAGGGGUUCUGACCAUUUUAGGAUCUCCAAAGGCAAAUUUCCAAAAGGGAGCCUUAAAAAAAAAAAAAAAGUAAAAAAUGUUUAGGACGGCUCAAUAUUCUGUUAUGGAUUCACAUUAGCCUUUCAUCUUGCCAGAAGGAUUCUUUGUGUUUCAUGAGAGUGGAUAGCGUUGUGUUUAGCAGAGCAGGACAGUGGGUGGGAGGGUGUCCUUCAGCCUGGGGCUUGAAAUGAGGCGGAAUUCAUCCUUGAUUGCUCACACCAACCCCAUUUGGGGUCUUACACGCCGAUGCCAACUUUUAUUUAUUUAGGGGUGGGUUUUUUACUAGGAUGAGUCAGAUUCUUAUGUGCAGUGAGGAUGCAAAUCAAUAAAGCAUUUUGCCGAUUUGCAGU